AUGUCCCUGAAUCUCCCCACAUGCACUGGUUACAGUAUUCCCAACUUUGUGAUUUCUGUUCUCCUGAUGCAGGCAAAACAUAUGAAGAGUCAUAGUCUCCCACACCCUCCCAAUGGCCCUGUCAGCCAAGACAGAUCCUCUUCUACCAAUGGUGAGGGCCCCAGUGGCAACCCCAGCCAAUCAGUCAAUGAAACUAGCCGGAGUCUCCAGGAUAGCAUCAAACAUCGCAUCCUAUACUUGUCAGAGCAGCUGAAAGUGGAGAAAACCAGCCGGGAUGAGAACACAGUAGGCUACCUCAAACUGGUGUCAAAAGCUGACCGGCACCAGGCCACUCACAUUAGACAAGCAUUUGAGAAGGUGAAUCAACGCUCUUCUGCCACUAUUGCCCACAUCGAACGCAAGCUCCGUCAGUAUCACCAACAGCUCCAGGAAAUGGAAGAGGGUAACAGAUCCAAGAGCUCAUCACUAAAGGAGGAGAAGGCCAACAAGAGCCAGGAGCCUGCUGACAAGGCCUCUCGGAUGGAGCACCCGAGGCUCAGAGCAGAGGAAUCCCAAUUCAGAAAUUCAUUGGAUACCAUCGAGGAAGAUGGGCUAGCUGCCGCCUUCAUGCUGGAAAAGAAAGACACCCUGGGCCGGCAACAGGGCCUGCUCUUCCUGAAGAUGAAGGAAGAGCUGGAGGAUAUAAAAAAAUCCCAUAGCAGAUUUGAGGUUUCUUAUGAAGCCCUGAAGGAGAAGUACCUGACUGACCUGCAGCUGAUUAUUGAAUCUCUUCAGGAGGAAAAAUACAGGCAAAAGGUAAUUCAAGAACAGGCCAAUGACCACAUGCAGGGGCACCUGGGUGAGAUUUCCCAUAUCAAACAGAACUUGGCCUGCACUGAAGAGAAGAUGGUCUAUCUGUCCUAUGAGAGAGCCAAGGAGAUAUGGGAGGUGAUGGGGACCUUCCAGCAUCGAAUUUCCAAGCUGGAGGCCCAGCAGCAAGCAGCCCAACUAGAGUUAACAAAGAAGUCCAGAAGCCACACCCAAGUCGUCCUAGCUAAGUUCAUGACCUUACUUCUCACUUUUACCACCAUCAUGCUCAUCUGCGUGUCCACCAUCUGCACCUGCCCUUUGCCCUUCUUCAAGUGUCGAUUCCGUGCUUGUGCCAUUUUCUUGUUCAUUGGGCUGGGGAUAAUCACCUGGCAGAAGUGGUACUCUUUCCCAUACAGGUAUUGGCAUGACUGGAUCUUAUCGAGGUGGAAGUUGUAUUACAGAGACUCCAGGCUUCUGCCAAGUUGGGUUUAAAGGAUCAGGGCAACCCUAGCCAUCCUGGGAAUGCCUGCUGGGCGCGUCUCCUUCAUUUUAUGUGUCUGAGGCUUCCAGCUGGGCUGCUGCAAGAAUGGCUGGUCCUCCGUCCUCUCUUCCUGCUGCUAGGAAGCUUUCCAAAACUCAAUACCCUCCCUGAAAUUGUUUCUGCUCAGGCUUCCUGACCCUCUUCCCCCAAAAUGGGUGAUUCAGAGAUAGGAUGGGGUUUUCCACUGACUACUUUCCUGAGUAUUUGAAUAUUAAAAGCUGAGAAGUAAGAGAUCUGUCUCCUUUGUGUUCCCUGGUUGGUACCUCCUCCUUGGACCCAUCUUUGCCUUCCGUUCCACCUCUGCUUUGAGAAUGGGAUAACCUUGACAGCCUUAGACUCUGACUGCCCAGAAAGGGAGGAAUUGGGUCACUCAAACAGCUGGACACUCAGAAAGGGGUAAAGCAGCAGGGAGAAGGUGGCCGGUUGCCUAGGGGAGGAGAAUCCACCCUUUGUUCCACAAAGUUGGGAAGGAAAUGGGGUGGGAAGAAAAGCAAAGACUGAGGCCUGGAAAAGUGGGGGGGGGGGCUUUUGUUUCUGUGUAUGUGAGGCAC